UUCGCAUUUUGACUAAAGAGGGCUCUUAUUUUGGUUCAAAAACAUGCGCGGUUCUUUUCAUUUCCAAUUUUGUGUAAAUUCCUUCCUUACUAAACUAUAACGCGUGGAGUGACGAUUUUCGGUUCAUGCGACGCUAUUUAUUCGCAUCUGAAAGGGACAGUUUUACGGGGAUUAAGAGAUCGCCUUUUUCACCUCCAAAAACACAUGAACCAAAUUUGAAUAAAAAAACACGCACUCGAAUGAUUCUCCAUCAGUACAUCGCAGUCCAGCUGCAGAGUCGGCUCGGAAAAUAUUAAUUUUCUAUUCAUGAGCGUCGUAUUUUCCUCAUUACUGAUCAUUUUUGGUGAAGCCAUUUCUCUCGUGAGUUUCAAAUUCAUGUGUAUUGACGUUUAAGUUCUGCUGGUCGGGUCUCGAGCGAAUACAAAUUAUAGGUCGAUAAAAAAUGUCAGUGGAUGGCGGCCCAAAAAUUGACAAAAACCACGUUUUCGGGACUUAAAAGUAAAUAAUAGCUCCGUGCUUGUGGGUCUGACAAGGCAACAAUAAAAAUAAAAUUGAUGCUCACUAAAUUCCGCGUCGAACGGUGCGAAAACCGACCCGAUUAGUGGUCAUAGGGGCCCCGCGGGCAACUGAAAAUGCGAAAAAACCGGUUCGUCAUGAAGAGAUCAAUCGCGAAUGCGUGUUUUUUAAUCCAAAUUCGGUUCAUGUGUUUUUGGAGGUGAAAAAGGCGAUCUCUUACUGUUAGCCCCCUUUCAGAUGCGAGCAAAAAGCGCGUCACAGAGGAAACGAAAAUCGCCACACCCACGCUUAUUAGUAUUUAGUAAGGAUAGGAAUUCCUAAACAUUUUGACGAGAAAAAAAGAGAUUUCGACUAGAUUGGAAAUGAAAAGAACCGCGCUAGUUAUUUGAAACAAAAUAAUAUCCCUCAUUGAUCAAAAUUGCGAAAGCUGCAAGAAUGACGUCAAUAAAGCAACGCCAGACAAUUUUCCGAGAGUAAUAUACGUCAGCGAGGCCUUUUUCCGGUGUAACCAACGGCCUGGAAAGCACUGCGCACUCUACUGACGGGGACGAUUCUUCGCCAACGGAUGUCAGCUGCAGAGAAACAGAAAGGAAACAGGAUAUAGGACGUCAUUCGAACUGAUUGCGAAAGGUAUGGUCGCACGUACACUGCCGAGCCACAAUAUUAUAUGGACUUUAGUUCGGAACAAUCCAUCAUUGCGCAUUGUAGCAAUGAAUUUUGGUUUCUGGACAUUGCUUGUGAUUGUGAUUCUUCAAACAAUCGUGCAUGCCAAAAAUCAUGGAAAGAAAAUUAAAACCUUCAAAAUCACAUAUAACAAACAUAACUAUGGCCCUAUUAAAAUCCUCAAAAUUCGUCGGCAAAACAAAUUUCGAAGAAAUUAUAUCAUCACGUGCUGCGGGUUUAAAAAAUGUCUAGCAAAUGCAAAUGUUACGGUAAAAAAGACAACUCCAACCAGCUCGACCAAUAGCAAACUAAGAGCAACAUCCACGUUGGAAUCGACAACCAAAGCAGGAAUAAGCUCCGCUGAUGAAUCAUCAGCAUCAGAACCAACUGAAGCCAUCACUAUAGAGAGUUACGAUUCCACUCCUAGCCCCCUUGAUGUGACAGAAGUUCCAACUGACGUUCCGGGUGAGGUCAUAACUGACCUUAAAACUGACAUCACGACGAAAGCAACCAAAACGGCGCAAUAUGGCACCAAAUCGACAUCCACUUCGACCAUUGCGGCCUUUCCAUCCACGCAGGUUUUCCAGAAGACAACUGCAAUCGAUGCGAUUCCAUCAAAAGAUGGAACAACUUCACGAUCAUCAACGUUAUCUUCAACAACUUCGCAAGCGAUGACAAAAACCGCACCCUCUUUGACGUCAAUAACUACACCCGUGAUGAUAACAACUAUGCCAACGGUGACGACAGUUACUACAUCUACAACGCUGAAAACAACUACAUCCACGGCACUGAAAACUUCUACAUCCCCGAUGACAACAACCACAACCACACCAAUUCCGCGCACUUUAUCUUGUGUAGCUUACAACACUUUUCUUGCGAGUAACCCAACCCCAGGAGCACUGCAAACCAAAGGCACGAAGAAAACAUCAAAUUGUGGCCUGGAGUAUUUUGUUUCCACCUCUACAGCAACGAGAAACGAGGCAGCAAUACAGUGUAAGGCGCUAAACAUGACCCUUUUGACAGUGACCUCUCUUGAGGGAUUGGAAUGCGUGAACAAUUUUGAAGCCAACACUUUCUGGACGAGCGGCUCGAACGAAGAUGAUCAAUUGUAUUUGGCAAAAAAAUACGCUUGGUGCUCGACGGGCUUCGAUAUGUCGAAAGAAAUAAUCGAAUCGGAAAAACUUUGGUUGCCGCCCAAAAACACGAUCCCUUCUGCCACGGAGCGUUGUUUGGCCGUUUCUAUUUCCACAGUUUCUUCGAAACAGGGCCUGGUGCAGAGAAAGUGCGACGACGCCCUGCCCUUCAUCUGCCAGUAUUCCGUCGACUGCCCAAAGCUCUGCAACCGAAACAACUCCCUAUUUGACUCCUCAGGACUUUUGAAAGAUAAAAAAUCGUACGGAAUUUGGUUUGACAUCGGUGCCUACACGUAUCUCUUGGGCAACAAGCCAAUGACGUGGGUGGACAGUUACCGCCAGUGUUGCGCUUUGGGAAUGGAGGCGCUCAACAUCGACAACGCAGCUGAGCAGUUGGGGCUAACUGCCAUGACCGGGCGAGCAAAUAAAGACAACUGGACCGCAAAUUUCAAUUAUUGGACCAGUGGCAGUUGGAAGGGUGCACCUGAGAACCAGUGGUCUUGGUGCGAGCCCAAUGGACCCACAGUUUUCGCAAAGGGUCUUGUCUGGGAAUCCCCGCAGCCCGACAAUAAAGGAGGCAACGAGAGCUGCGUGCAUUUCCGCUUUACUUUGAAUUCGACGGGCACCAUCAUGACAGACCGCAACUGCGCGAAUAAAUUUAUAUUCGCGUGCAAGAGUGCAUUGCAAACCACCCCAAAACCUUGCGUUGCAUCCUGCCCAACAGAGAGCUGUGAAAUAAAUAACAACCUCUUUGUCACAGAGCCGGAUACUAAUGCGAAAACUUUACGGGACUAUUUCUCUUAUGGAAACUGGUACGAUGGAUGUGGCCGCAAUUUUUUGACUUACACCUCAAUAUUAGCAGACUGGAUUGCCGCCCGUGGUCAUUGCUGUGAUAUUGGUCUGACCCUGGCCUCAAUGGAAUCAGUUGGGAAGUCUAGUUGCUUUUCCAGAAUAGUCUCAAAAUUCGCUCCGGCGACCUUUGGAGACUACUGGCUCUCCGGAACUGAUCUGGGGUGUGAUUCGAACUUCCGGUGGUGCACCCUGGGCCGGGACUUGGUCAACCCUGAGGUGAAGUGGAAGGUGGGACACCCGAAACCCGGCCUGGACUGCGUUUAUCUCGAAGUGAGGAAUGGAUCCGAGUUGCUGGCCACCGAUGACUGCGCCCAAAAGAAGAGUUUUCUCUGCGAAGUGAGAAAGAAGGCAACCUUCCAAAGGGCCAUGCAGUCCGAAUGUGCAGAUAUCUGGGACAUCACCGUUGACCAAAUCGAUCUGCUAUUGAAUGUCAGCGCUUUUCUCACGACAACUAUAACGCUAAAUUUGAAGUGCUUCUUGAAAUGCGUCGGAGUGGAAAUUGGAUUGUUUGGCGUUGGGGGAUUGGACGCGUUAGCAACGCUGCGACAAAUCGAACUCGUGUCCCAAGAGGAUCCUGUAGAACUGGAGACGGGAUUUGUGGCUUACGAUCAAUGCAGCGGCAUCAAUUCCGACGACGAGUGCGUGAUUGCCUACGAAACUUACAAGUGCGGACAGCAAAAAGCACCUGACUUGGUCUCAAAAAUCAUCACCAACCACUACGAUAACGAUACCAUGCUGUACCCACCAACUCCUUGUGUUUAUUCCCGCCGAAGUUGUUGGCUUUCAAAAAAUCUUCCUUGCGUAAAAAACCAAACCGCAAUCGACUUAUUGUAUAAGAAUAGAUGCGAUGAUUACGGAUGCAUGGUGACAACUGAAGAUAGGAUAUUUUAUUAUACCAAACAAAAAAUAGAUACACUUCCACAUGAUGCCUACACUCACUGCUGCGAGCUUGGAAUGUUUCUCAUGGAACCUCAGACAAAACUCGAUAUUUACAUAAUAUCAACAACUCUUGACUAUUACUCUUUAAUUAUGGUGGGCGAUACCGAAUUCAUCAACCAGACGCACGAGGUUUGGUGUCGCAGCCGCACCGUUUUGACAGAUGACAUGUACAAUCCGCUAUUGAGAUACCAGUGCAAUCCAUCACACCUCAGUAUUGUCCCAUUCUAUUAUGGGUAUAAUCUUGUAUCCAGCGGACUUAACAUAACUGAUCCCAAGACCGGUCGACAAGUAGAAGCCACUGGAGCAGUGUACCCUGCUUUUACAGAUAUUGUUUCGAAGGUUAAGCGGUAUGUCUGCGAGCAACCUUAGCAAAAAUUGAAUCUAAAAUGCAAUCAAGAUGCGCACGUUGUUUGUUCUAAAAAUGUUUGACUACUUUUGAUCGAUUUUUCUCUUUUGGAACGCAAUAUACAUGUGUUCGGUUUGUAAUAUUGAAUAAUCAAUUUAUUUGACUGCACAUUUCAUUAUAAUAUGCUAUAUUCUGUCCUGUCAAAGAAUUUUCACAUUUAACAAACUUCAUGUUUGAACACUGAUAUGUAUGUUGAGAAUAAAUAGUUAAUUUCACGGUGGAGGC